AUGGGGAUUAUGAACAGUUUCAUCAACGAUAUCUUCGAGAAACUUGCUCAGGAAUCUUCAAAACUCGCUAGGUACAAUAAGAAACCGACGAUUACUUCAGGGGAGAUUCAGACAGCGGUUAGACUCGUUUACCUGGUGAACUCGCUAAACACGCCGUGUCUGAAGGCACUAAGGCCGUGA